UGUACAGUUUUGUUUCUUUUCUUGAUUCUGCAUGGUUGUAUAAUGUACUAUUUUUGUUUGAUUUGAUUCUUUGUAUAGGUAAUCUUGUUUAUUCUCUGUAAUAAUAAGUCUAAAUUCUAGAAAAGAGAAUCAAAUGGUGUUUUUUUUCUGUUAAUAUAUAGGAGUAAAGGAACAAUUCUUUUGACAAUUUUUGCUUUUAUUGAAUUAGUUUUUAACUGUUUUUUUUGCUUUGUUUGGUAUCUUCAUUGUAGAAAUUGGUGAUCUUUUUGUGCUAAAAAUUCUCUUUUCCCCCUUUAUAAUCACUUAUCUUUGCUUUGAGCAUUUGUUUUCUGUGGUUUCACAUUCGGUGUGUGAUGUCUGCAUUAGAGUCUGACUAAUUCGGAUUCACGCGAAAUUUUUCUAGUGACGAUUCUUGAGUAUAUCGAUGGAGGCUGGUCCUCACAAAGCCGCUAAGACGGAGUUUACAGAAUGUUGGAAAACUUCAUGGAAAACGCCUUACAUUAUGCGUCUCGCCUUUUCUGCUGGCAUUGGUGGGCUGCUGUUUGGUUAUGAUACUGGUGUGAUUUCUGGUGCAUUGCUUUAUAUUCGGGAUGACUUCAAAUCUGUCGAUAAGCAUACAUGGUUGCAAGAAACUAUAGUGAGCAUGGCUGUUGCAGGGGCGAUUUUUGGGGCAGGAUUUGGUGGUUGGUUGAAUGACAAGUAUGGUCGGAGAAAAUCGAUUCUUUUAGCAGAUAUCUUGUUCUUUGUUGGUGCAAUCGUCAUGGCACUUGCCCCGUUACCUUGGGUGAUAAUUAUUGGAAGAGUACUCGUCGGUUUAGGAGUUGGAAUGGCUUCCAUGACUUCACCACUUUACAUCUCGGAAGCUUCCCCAGCUCGGAUUAGAGGCGCUUUAGUUAGCACGAACGGUCUGCUGAUUACGGGAGGACAGUUUCUAUCUUAUCUUAUCAACUUAGCAUUUACCAGGACCAAAGGAACUUGGCGAUGGAUGCUUGGCGUAGCUAGUAUUCCUGCUCUUGUUCAGUUUAUCCUAAUGCUGUCUCUGCCGGAGUCACCUCGAUGGUUAUAUAGAGCAGACAAGAAAGACGAAGCUAGGGCGAUUUUGGAGAAGAUUUAUCCUGCUCAUGAGGUUGAAGACGAGAUGAAAGCUUUGGCGGAAUCAAUUGAAAUAGAGAAGGCUGAUGCAGAGUUCCUCGGAGAUGGCAUGAUUUCGAAAGUCAAGAGUGCUUGGAACAACACUGUUGUUCGUCGGGGUCUGUAUGCUGGUAUUACAGUCCAGGUGGCACAACAGUUUGUCGGAAUCAACACGGUCAUGUACUACAGUCCGACGAUUGUACAACUGGCCGGAUUUGCUUCUAACAAGACAGCGCUAGCUCUCUCGCUCAUAACAUCCGGCCUCAAUGCUCUGGGAUCCAUCGUCAGUAUGUGUUUUGUCGACAGGUAUGGGAGGCGGAGGUUGAUGAUUGUAUCCAUGUUCGGUAUCAUAACGUGUCUAGUCAUAUUGUCUGUGCUCUUCAUGCAAGCUUCUUCACAUGCACCAAGCGUUAGCGCCUUCGAAUCCAAUCACUUUGGAUCGAAUUCCACGUGCUCCGCGUUUCUAAAAGCUCCAGCCUCGUCAUCCUGGAACUGUAUGAGUUGCUUGCAGGCUUCCAAAGAUUGUGCUUUCUGCUCUAACGGAGGAAACAAAUAUCAUCCCGGUGCAUGCUUGGCUCUAAAUGACAACGUUAAAGGUUUAUGUCGAUCAGAAAGGCGUGAAUGGUACACGAAAGGUUGUCCUAGCAGGUUCGGUUUCUUUGCAGUGAUGGUUCUCGGACUGUACAUCAUAUCCUACUCUCCUGGAAUGGGAACAGCCCCGUGGAUCGUUAACUCUGAGAUAUACCCCUUACGUUACAGAGGCGUUGGUGGUGGGAUUGCGGCUGUCUCCAAUUGGGUAUCCAAUCUUAUCGUCAGCGAAUCCUUCUUAUCGUUAACCGAGGCUAUUGGUUCAGCUGGUACAUUUCUUCUAUUUGCUGGAUUCUCAACAAUUGGCUUAGUAGCUAUAUACUUUCUGGUGCCAGAAACCAAAGGCCUGCAAUUUGAGGAAGUUGAAAAAAUGCUUCAGAAAGGCUAUAAACCGAAAUUCUUUCGCAAGAAAACAGUCGAAAAAUCUGCUGCGAAGUAAGGUUAAUUUAGUCGAUAAUCUUGAUUAGUGUGACGUAUUUUACGUGUAAUUUGUCUCCGAUUAUCGGACUAUGGCGUAAAAAACAUAAGGUUAAGUGAUAAUAUCUGAUGUUUUAUUUAGUGUAAGAUGAUCAGAGAGUAGAAUAUUUUGGUUCUUCAUUAGACAUAUCAUAUGGCACAGUUUUUAUCCUUUUCAGCCAAAAAUGUUGCUGUAUAUUGCAACUUAUGGA